AUUUUGGAAUUGACCAUGUCGAGCACUCAUGUCGUGGCGGUGGCGGCGGCGGCGGGCAUGGCGACUGUCGCCUUCCUCGUUCGAUGGCUGCAAGUCAAGCCGUUCAUCCCGUCGCUCAAGAUGGCUGUCCAUUUGCACCACGUGUUGUUUGGUGUUGGCGACCUCUUGAGUUCUGUUGAAGGUCUCGGUCGAGUCACGUUUGACGAAGCCGACGACGACGGCAUGUGCCAGUUCUGGCUCAUGGGAUUGCCAUGCAUAUCGGUGCUCAAAGCGGAGCACGUUCGCGCCGUCGUUGUCGCGUCCAACUACCGGCGGCGCCUGUGGCUCUUGGACGAUUUUGUCGACGCGAUUGUCGGCAAGAAAUCGCUCGUCCAAGUCAUGGGGCACGAGUGGAAGGUCCACCGGAAGCUCAUUUCGAAAGCGUUUGGAUGGCAGAACCUGGCCAACAUGGCCCCAGUCAUCGGGACAGUCGCCAGCGAAUUUGCCGCCGUGCUCUUGUCGAAACACGGCGCCAACAAGGUCGAUGUAUUCCCGCUCCUCAAGCUGGCCACCCUCGACGUCAUCGGCGCGACCGCAUUCGGCGCGUCGUUUAACGCGAUCCACAACGCCACCAGCGACGUCGUGGAUGCAUUCACGUUUCUCUUGAACGACAUGAACCGCCGAUCGAUAGACGAGCCACUGCAUCCCGCGAGCUCGCUGUACUGGCUGCCGACGUCGGCCAACCGAGACUUUCACGCCCACAAACGCACGCUGCGGCGCACCAUCGACGCGUUGGUCGCCGCGCGCUUGGCUCGUGGUGCGCAUGGCGACGUGCACCACGAUCUGCUGCAGUACAUGAUCGACGCAGCCCACGACGACGACUCGGGGGUGACUCGCCAGAGUUUUGCCGACAACUUGCUCACGUUUUUGUUUGCGGGGUACGACACCACGAGCAUUGCGCUCGCGUACACGCUCCACUUGAUCGCAGCGCACCCGGAAGCCCAAGCCAAGGCGGUGGCCGAGAUCGACCAAGUGGUCGGGCCAGAUGCGCUGCCCACGUACGACAUGGUCCACCGGUUGACGUACUGCGCCGCCGUCGUGAUGGAAGCCCUGCGGCUUUUCCCGCCCGUCCUGUUCACGAUGCGAACGUUGGAAGCGGACGUCGACAUCGGCGGCCACUUGGUUCCCAAGGACACCAACGUGAUCUUGCCCAUCUACUGGAUCCAUCGGUACGAAGCGAAUUGGGGUCCGGACGCAACUGCGUUUCGCCCUGACCGGCACUUGACCGACGAUCGCGUCGAGAUGACCGCCAAGGACAAGGCGUUUCGAAUGAUGGCGUUCUCGGGCGGCCCGCGCAAUUGCGUCGGCAUGCGGUUUGCCAUGAUGGAAGCUGUAGUGCUCGUCGCGGUGCUGCUCCGUCAGUGUGCGUUUUCCGUGCCAAGCGACGCCCCGCCUGUGCAAGCCGUUGUCGCGGGCCUUGUUCAAAACCCACAGCAUGGCGUAUGGCUCGACAUUACACCGCGCAAGGCACCGACUGCAUAGCGCUUCCCGUCCAUAGAGCUCUCGACCUCGUGCUAGUAGCAUGUUGAUUCCAUCGCGACUCGCGGGUAAAUACUGCCUUUGUCCCGC